GCAUCUUAUGUCACUUUCAACUUACACUAUCUGCCUUUUAUACACUCUGCACUCUCUCUUCAAUUCUCUUCCAUCAAUACUACUACUUUCUAUCUUUCAUUCUUAUGGCAUCUUCUCCACCUGAUCAAGAACAACAACCACCUCAAUUUCCUCCACUUCACUACAGGACAUGGGUUUUGAAAGUUUCCAUCCAUUGUCCAGGCUGCAAGAGAAAAGUCAAGAAAGUCUUGCAAAGCAUUGAAGGUGUUUAUACUACGGAUAUUGAUCCACAACAACAGAAAGUUAUAGUGACUGGAAAUGUUGAAGCUGAAACUUUGAUUAAAAAACUGAUAAGGAACGGAAGAAGUGCUGAGUUAUGGCCAGAGCCGAAGCCUAUAUUAAAAGAGAAAAAAACAAAGAAAAAUGAAAACAGCGAAGACGACGAUGAUGAUCAAGAAGAUGAUGAACAUAAUAAUAAUAAUAAUGAAAAACCAGCUGAACAUGGUCCUCCAAGACAUGGUGUGAGGUUUGGCGGGGUUGAGACUUUUACGAUGGAUGUCAAAGAAGUAAGGCCAGAUGAAAGGCCGCCGGAAAAUAUCGCCGUCGUUGAGAGGUUCCCGGCGCCGGAGCAAAAGGCCGGCGGCGGUGGAGGAGCUAAGAAAAAGAAGAAAAAGAAAAAGAAGAAGAGUAGUGGGAAUAACAAUGCAAAUCCAAAUGCGAGUGCAGGGUCUAAUGGUGCACCGCCAGGUAGCGAAUCAGAUGCUGCGAAAAUGGGUCCCAAUCAGAUGAUGGAUCAAGCGAAUCAAGGCCAUUCAAAUCAGCAUCCUUAUCCUAACCCGUACGAUCAGCAUCCACAUGCUAGUUAUUAUGUUCCUCAGCAGCAUCAGAGUUAUGUUGUGAGUUACAAUGCGGCACAUCCUAUGGUAAGCAGUGCGCCGGCAUAUUACUAUAUUCCAUCAUCACCGUACAUGCAAUCUGAUAUUUAUUCUAAGCAACAAUGUACACCGUUGGAUUCUUUUGAGAUCUUGAGUGAUGAAAACCCUCAUGCAUGCUAUAUCAUGUGAUUAAAGUUGAUGGGGAAUUUUGUAUAUUAAGACAAAAUAGUAUUCGAAUUUUGGCAGGAAAUUAGAGUUUUAAUUUCUGUAUUUAGAGUUCAGAUAAGUAGUAAGCCUAUUGUAGAAAAUGUAAUGUGCUAUACUAGCAUACUACUUGUUUCAACUUAAUUACUAACCGUUUUAGAUUGUCACAUGAACAAAAGUUGUAAGUUUUAUGACAAGAAGGGUCAUUAUUUUUUGUUUUU